AGACAACACACCUGGCUGUCAAGAUAAGUGUGGCUACCUGUCACUUCCUGCUGUUGGUAUUUAUUCAUUUUCACUCCUUUUUAUGACUAGAGAUCAUUUGACAAACUAAAGCCAUGCUUGUAUGAUUUCGUCUAAUGUAUCCUGCACUGUUUGUGGAUCCUGCGGAUCAGACGUUACGACCUUGGCUUCACGUUCGACUCAAAGGAGGACCCUGGACACUACUGGGAAAACACCGCUUGGGCUUAAUCAACCACUGUGGCUUGACUCGUUUUAUGGACUCGCACUGUCGUUUACAUUAACACAACCGCAGCAGGAGCCGCAGCAGCAGCAGCAGCAGCAGCAGCAGCAGCAGCAGCAGCGACGACUCUGCCUGGUGGAAAGGCAUGGAUGAGAGGUUAUGUGAGCCCCCCAGCUAUAGGCCACUGUUGCCCUGACCUGUGCCUCCCACCAGUGGCUUUGUGAGCAUGUAUCGCAGGAACGGGCUUUCAGAUGGCACCAGCAUCAAUUCAGUCACCUCAGAGGCCAGCAGCAGCUCUGACUCUCUGGAUGGACCUUGCGUAGAUUAUGCUAAAAGCUAUGAUGCAGUCGUCUUCGAUGUGCUGAAGGUGACUCCUGAGGAGUUUGCAAGCCAGAUCACUCUGAUGGAUGCACCAGUCUUCAAAAUGAUACAUCCAGAGGAGCUGGCCAGCUGCGGAUGGAAUGGGAAAGAGAAACACAGUUUGGCCCCCAAUGUGGUUGCAUUCACACGCAGGUUCAACCAGGUGAGCUUUUGGCUGGUGAGAGAAAUCUUAACUGCCCAGACGCUGAAAAUCCGAGCAGAAAUACUGAGCCAUUUUGUCAAAAUAGCAAAGAAACUGUUGGAGCUGAACAACCUUCAUUCUCUGGUGUCAGUGGUGUCUGCUCUGCAAAGCGCUCCCAUCUUCAGACUCAGCAAAACUUGGGCGUUGAUUAGUCGUAAAGACAAGGCGACAUUUGAGAAACUUAACUAUCUGACAUCCAAGGAAGAGAACUACACCCGCAUGAGAGAAUACAUCCGCUCUCUGAAGAUGGUGCCCUGUAUUCCUUACCUUGGAAUAUACCUGUUGGACAUGAUCUACAUUGACUCAGCCUAUCCUGCAUCAGACAGUAUCAUAGAGACAGAGCAACGGACCAAUCAGAUGAACAACCUUCUGAGGGUCAUCUCCGACCUGCAGAUGUCAUGUAACUAUGAUUACUUGGUGACUCUGCCACAUGUCCAGAAGUAUCUGUUAUCAGUUCGCUAUAUAGAGGAACUCCAGAAGUUUGUAGAGGAUGACAACUUCAAGCUGUCUCUGAAGAUUGAACCUGGCAACAGUUCCCCUCGCAUUGCUUCUUCUAAAGAAGACCUGGCAGAGCUAGAGGAUCUUGGCUCUUUCCUACCUUAG